ACAAUGGAGGGGUUACUGCAUUACAUAAACCCAACACAUGCCAUUUCUCUCCUGAGUGCUCUCAACGAGGAGCGCCUCAAAGGACAGCUCUGUGAUGUGCUUCUGAUCGUUGGAGACCAGAAAUUUCGAGCUCAUAAAAACGUCUUGGCUGCCAGCAGUGAAUACUUCCACAGUUUAUUCACAAAUGAGAACGUGUCACAGACUGUAUUUCAUCUUGACUUUUGUGAACCAGACGCUUUUGACGGUGUUUUAAACUACAUCUAUUCUUCAUCUUUGUUUGUUGAAAAGAGUAGCCUGACUGCAGUGCAAGAGCUUGGCUAUAGUCUGGGGAUUUCAUUCUUGACUAACAUUGUUUCUAAGAUACCUCAAGCCCCCUUCCUGACUUGUCUCAGUAGAAAAAAAGGUUUCAUAGAAGAUAAUGAAAACAAUUCCCAAAAGAGAAGUGUCAUUGUCUGUCAGAGUAAAAAAGAAGCACAAAGAAAAACUGUUAGUCAAAACCUACCUGAUGUAAGCCAUGCUUCCAGGCCCUCACCUGCCAUUGCCAGAGAGACCAGUACCAGUAAGCCACAUAUCCCAAAAUUGACUGGUCCACUUCACAGUUUGCCACUCAGUGAGAAGAGUUGGCCAAGACAUAGUUCUGUGGGAUACACAAAGUUUCUUGAGCAUUCCGGCUCUUUGGAUGAUCCCAGUGGAAGCAGUUUGGUGAAAAGAAAUACAGUAUUGCCGUCAGAACCUCUGCAAAACAGAGAAGCUGCAGAUGAUAAACCGGAUAUGAGUGGUCAGCUUCCAAAAGGAAAAGCCAUAGAGCUGACUUUGAGAAAACCACAACUACCUAUUUUGUCUCUGUGUGGGUCAUCAGAGGCUUCUAAUCUCUUGAAAGAGACUGACACAGGAGGUAGUCAAAGCAAAGAAAGAAAUUUACUAUAUUACUCAAAAUUGGGAUUAAUGGUUCCAUCUAGUGAGCCUAGUUCUAGAUACCAAAACAUUGGCCGAAGUGGCCCACUUGUCAAGAGUUUCCUCAGACGGUCACUGUCAUUGGAUAGCUGAGUUCCUAUAUAUUCACCUUUGAUAGAUUUGAAAUCUUCCCAGGGAUCAUUUUUCCUUUCUAAUGAUGUGCCAAGGAAUGCGCUUUGUGGUUUACCCAAAAAGUCAUCUUUAAAAGGUGAUAGUGAGAAAGUGGCCCUGGAUGACUGGACUCCAGAACUAUCACCACAUCGCCUUAGGUCCUUCAGUGCUUCUCAAUCCAUAGACAGGGAGGUUGCCAUUCCUGAUGAGGAGGUCUGCAUAAGAGUGGAGCCUAGCAGCCUGUUCUCAGACCCUUUAGACAUCAUGAGAGUCACUGUGGGGAAUGCUACAGCGGCAAUGGCAGCAUCCUCACUGUCAGUCACAAAAGAGUUCUCUCGGAAAACAGAAGAUGACCCACGGGAAAUGAGCAGACCCCCAGGCAAGUGUAAAUUCCAGGCUGACAGAAGGUUGCCAUUCAAGGAGCUAAAGGUAAAUGAGCACAGAUCUCCUGUGUCAGAAGGUAACUGUGAAGAAGGCUCGAGUCCUGCCCUCCUCGAGGCUGACUUUCCAAAUUCUGACUUGAAUAAAAAUGAAUUUGGUGAGUUGGAGGGAACGAGACCAAACAGAAAAUUUAAAUGCAACCAUUGCCUUAAGAUCUUUAGAUCAACAGCAGUUUUUCACCGUCAUAUUAACAUAUAUCAUAACCCUAAACAGCCCUAUGCUUGUGACAUCUGUCACAAGAGGUUUCACACAAACUUUAAAGUUUGGACACACUGUCAGACACAGCAUGGCAUAGUGAAGAACCCGUCCCCAGCCUCUAGUUCACAUGCUGUCUUGGAUGAACAAGUCAACCACAUGAUCACAGUAAAAGAGGACAAUGUGGUUAGCGAUUCUUCUGAACAAAUUAAAUUUGAUUGUGAAGAUUUCUCUUGCCUCACUGAAAACCUCAGUCUUUCUAAGCAAUUUAAAAUCCAGAUCAAAGAGGAGCCCAUGGAAGAGGCAGAAGAAGAGGUGACUGAGACCAGUGUAGCCCCCAAAGAAACAAGUACUGGCCUGUGCACCUGUGAGAAAUGUGGGAAAGUGUUCACAGUACAAAAGCAGUUAGAAUGUCACCAGGAGCUUCUGUGUUCCGUGAAACCUAUCAUCUGUCAUGUUUGUAACAAAGCUUUUAGCACGAAUUUCCUACUCUGGAGUCACUUCCAGUCCCAUGUGAACUUCAGUGCUUCUCAGUCCACAGACAGGGAAGCUGCCUCCCCUAUCACAGAGUUUCAUAUAAAAAUGGAGCCCAGCAGCCCACUCUCAGGCCCUUCAGAUAUCAUGAGAAUUACCGUGGGAGAUGUGUCAGUAGCAACAGUGGCAGCCAGAAAAGAUUUUUCACUGACAACAGAAAACGACUCAACAGAAAUGAGCAGACACCCAGCCAAGAGGAGGUUCCAGGCUGAAAAAAGGUUGCUAUUGAAGAAAUUAAAGGUAAAUAAACGUGGAUCUUCUGUAUCAGAAGAGAACUGUGAGGAAGACUCGAGACCUAUUCUCCUUCAGGCAGACUUUCCAGAUUCCGACUUAAAUACAGAUGAAUUUGUCCCAUGUGUUUCAUGCCGCAUUGGAGUUGGUGCACUUCAGAUUCUUAUCUGA